GUCUGAGAAUCAUAAAAAGGCCAACAUUUCUGCAUGGUACUGUUUCAACGAAAAGACGCUCUGAUCACCGGCCGUUACAGACUUCGCUUCUGGUUCGAGCUACUGGUCGGCUUCAAAAAUCUGAAGAUCUCUCACCAAUAAUCAACGUCGACUAAUUUGAUAUGGCCAUGGCGGGUAGUUUAAAUGUAUACGCUGGGAUACUCGUCAUGAACUCGAUGGCUGUCGUCCUCAAUUUGAUCACGAUGAUCGUCAUCAUUGCAAGCAGGAAACUAAGAAAGACGCACAAUGUCUUUAUAUGGAACAUCGCCUUUUCUGACUUCACAGCCUCAUUCUUCAACGUUUUCACCAUCCUGUAUCGACACUUUACAGGCCAGUUUCUUGCAGGUCCAGCAAGUACUGUGAUGCGGACGUCCUAUCUGACCGGAAUUUGCAGUACUGUUUCUGUUGCUUUACAUCGCAUUGCAAUCAUCCGCUUUGAUCCGUUCAAUACGCGGAAGCUGUUCACUGGACCUCGGUGUAUCUUCGUCUGUAUCAUCUUCUGGGCUACAUUCCUUAUUAUAUUCUUCAUGCUACAAUACUACGCAAGACGGGUCUAUAUCACUAUCUCGGCUUUUAUGCCCCUACUCACUUUCGGGGCGCAUUGCCUAUGCGCUGUGUGUUAUGGCUUAGUUUACUUUACGAUCUCCGGCGCAGCGCGUAAGGCCGGACUUGCAGGCGAUACGUUGAAGCAGCGCGUGAAGCAGAACAAAAGCGUGCUCAUGACUUUCGCACUCGUCGUAGGCACUAACAUCUUGUGCUGGGCCCCAUUUUGUUCGCGUAUAGUCAUUGGUUAUGUACGACCUGACUGGAUUCCUAAAACUCCGUCCCUUGACCCAACAUUAUGGUUCAAGAUACUAGAGAAUGUUGCUAUUUCCUUUCAAGGCCUCAAUGGAAUUCUCAACCCGGUAAUCUAUUUUACCCGGCUAUCCGCGUUUCGUCAGCUGCUAUGUGCGGCAUGUAGUUCGUAUAAGAAUAAACGCAGGUCCAAAAAUGGCGAGUCAUCUCAACAAACCAAGGAAACAAGCAGUUUUGCAAUUUCUGCGAAAAUGUAA